GAGUUUUGUCCCGCGCGCUCCGGCUAUUUCCGGUUCGAUUGUAAAAUGGCGCACUCUCGUCUCGGCGGCGUAGCGUAGUUUUACAUCGAGAUAGUGGAUUUCUGCGAGUCCAAAUGUGCAUUCCAAACUGCGCAUGUAGCGGCAGCGUUUGCGGGGUGCAUUUAUCGUCGCGCGUGGUUCCGUCGAGGAGACGCUGAGUGUAAACAGCGGCUGUUAGCAUUAGCAACCGGAGCUAAGCGGUUUUUUUUUUAUCUGAGAGCGUGAACUGACAACAACAACAAUGGGGUAUUUGAAAUUAAUAGAGAUCGAGAACUUCAAGUCCUACAAAGGAAGGCAGAUCAUCGGACCGUUUCACAAGUUUACUGCCAUUAUUGGACCCAAUGGAUCCGGGAAGUCAAACCUUAUGGAUGCCAUCAGCUUUGUGUUGGCUGAGAAGACCAGCAAUCUCCGUGUUAAGACCCUGAAGGAUCUCAUCCACGGAGCUCCUGUGGGGAAGCCGGCUGCCAACAGGGCUUUUGUCAGUAUGGUGUAUCAGGAGGACAACGGAGAUGAGCGCAACUUCACCAGGAUGAUCAUUGGUUCCUCCUCCGAGUAUCGCAUCAACAGUAAGGUGGUGGGACUGCCUGAGUACAGCGAGCAGCUGGAGAAACUUGGGAUUCUAAUUAAAGCCAGGAACUUCCUGGUGUUCCAGGGAGCCGUGGAGUCCAUCGCCAUGAAGAACCCGAAAGAGCGUACUGCACUGUUUGAGGAAAUCUCCCGAUCGGGAGAGCUGGCUCAGGAGUACGACCGCAGGAAGAAGGAGAUGGUGAAGGCCGAGGAGGACACGCAGUUCAACUACCAUCGCAAGAAAAACAUCGCAGCCGAACGCAAAGAGGCCAAACAAGAGAAGGAGGAGGCCGAACGGUACCAGCGCCUGAAAGACGAGGUGGCUCGGGCCAGCAUCCAGCUGCAGCUUUUCAAGCUGUACCACAACGAGACGGAAAUCGAGAAGCUGAACAAGGAGCUCGGCCAGCGCAACAAAGAGAUCGACAAGGACCGUAAAAAGAUGGACCACGUGGAGGAAGAGCUGAAGGACAAGAAGAAGGAGCUGGGCAGGAUGAUGCGGGAGCAGCAGACCAUCGAAAAGGAGAUCAAGGAGAAGGACUCUGAGCUGAACCAGAAGAGGCCUCAGUACAUCAAGGCCAAAGAAAACACCUCUCACAAGAUCAAAAAGCUGGAGGCAGCUCGCAAGUCUCUGCAGAACGCUCAGAAGAUGUACAAGAAGCGCAAAGCAGACAUGGAUGAGCUGGACAAAGAGAUGAAGGCGGUGGAGCUGGCCAAGCAGGAGUUUGAGGAGCGUAUGGAGGAGGAGGCUCAGAGUCAGGGCCAGGACCUCACCCUGGAGGAGAACCAGGUCAAGCAGUACCACCGUUUGAAGGAGGAGGCCAGCAAACGUGCCGCCACGCUGGCUCAGGAGCUGGAGAAGUUCAACCGAGACCAGAAAGCGGAUCAGGAUCGUCUGGACCUCGAAGAGAGGAAGAAAGUGGAGACGGAGGCUAAAAUCAAGCAGAAAAUUCGUGAAAUUGAAGAGAACCAGAAGAGGAUAGAGAAGCUGGAGGACUACAUCACCACCAGCAGACAAUCUCUGGACGAGCAGAAGCGCAUGGAGGAGGAACUGACGGAGGAGGUGGAGAUGGCAAAGAGAAGGAUCGACGAGAUCAACAUGGAGCUCAACCAGGUGAUGGAGCAGCUGGGCGACGCCCGGAUCGACAGGCAGGAGAACAGUCGGCAGCAGCGCAAGGCUGAGAUCAUGGAGAGCAUCAAGCGACUCUACCCCGGCUCUGUGUACGGCCGCCUCAUCGACCUGUGCCAGCCCACGCAGAAGAAGUACCAGAUCGCCGUCACCAAAGUGCUGGGCAAGAACAUGGACGCCAUCAUCGUGGACUCGGAGAAGACGGGCAGGGACUGCAUCCAGUACAUCAAGGAGCAGCGAGGAGAGCCGGAGACCUUCCUGCCUCUAGACUACCUGGAGGUGAAACCGACGGACGAGAAGCUGCGAGAGCUGCGAGGAGCCAAGCUGGUGAUCGACGUGAUUCGCUAUGAGCCUCCGCACAUCAAGAAAGCUCUGCAGUACGCCUGCGGCAACGCUCUGGUCUGUGAGAAUGUGGAGGACGCCAGGAGGAUCGCUUUCGGGGGCCCGUACAGACACAAGACCGUGGCCCUGGACGGAACUCUUUUCCAGAAGUCUGGAGUCAUCUCCGGAGGAGCCAGCGACCUGAAAGCCAAGGCUCGACGCUGGGAUGAAAAGGCCGUGGACAAACUCAAAGAGAAGAAGGAAAAACUCACAGAUGAGCUGAAGGAGCAAAUGAAGGCCAAGCGGAAGGAGGCAGAGCUGCGGCAGGUUCAGUCCCAGGCUCACGGCCUGCAGAUGCGACUGAAGUACUCCCAGAGUGACCUGGAGCAGACGAAAACCCGCCACCUCUCCCUCAACAUGCAGGAGAAGUCCAAGCUGGAGAGUGAGCUGGCCAACUUUGGUCCUCGAAUCAACGACAUCAAGAGGGUCAUCCAGUCCAGAGAGCGAGAAAUCACUGACCUGAGGGACCGCAUGAACCUGGUGGAGGACGAGGUGUUUGUGGAGUUCUGCAAAGAGAUCGGAGUGAGGAACAUCCGAGAGUUUGAGGAGGAGAAGGUGAAGAGGCAGAACGAGAUCGCCAAGAAGCGUCUGGAGUUUGAGACCCAGAAGACCCGUCUGGGGAUCCAAGUGGACUACGAGAAGAACCAGCUGAAGGAGGACCAGGAGAAGGUCAUGAUGUGGGAGCAGACGGUCAAGAAGGACGAGGCUGAAAUCGAGCGACUGAAAAAGGAGGAGCACAGACACAUGAAGAUCAUCGACGAGACCAUGGCUCAGCUGCAGGACUUGAAGAACCAGCACCUCACCAAAAAAUCAGAGGUCAACGACAAGAACCACGAAAUGGAGGAGAUCCGUAAGAAGCUGGGCGGAGCCAACAAAGAGCUGACGCAGCUGCAGAAGGAAGUGACCGCCAUCGAGACCAAGCUGGAGCAGAAGCGCAGCGACCGCCACAACCUGCUGCAGGCCUGCAAGAUGCAGGACAUCCGCCUGCCUCUGCGCUCCGGGACCAUGGACGACAUCAGCCAGGGCGAGGGCGGCUCGCAGUCGGAGGAGUCCAGCAGCCAGAGGACGUCCAGCAGCGUUCUGGCCAAGGAGGCUCUGAUCGAGAUCGAUUACAGCAACCUCUCAGAAGACCUGAAGGACGCCCUGUCCGAGGAGGAGAUCAAGGGGGAGACGAAUACGCUGCAGCAGCGCCUGAACGAGCAGCAGAGCAUCCUGCAGAGGAUCAGCGCCCCCAACAUGAAGGCCAUGGAGAAGCUGGAGAGCGUGAGAGACAAGUUCCAAGAGACCAGCGACGAGUUCGAGGCGGCUCGCAAGAGAGCCAAGAAGGCCAAGCAGGCCUUUGAGCAGAUCAAGAAGGAGAGAUUUGAUCGCUUCAACACGUGUUUCGAGUCUGUGGCCACCAACAUCGACGAGAUCUACAAGUCGCUGUCACGCAACAGCAGCGCUCAGGCUUUCCUGGGGCCCGAGAACCCAGAGGAGCCGUACCUGGACGGCAUCAACUACAACUGCGUGGCGCCCGGAAAGCGUUUCCGGCCCAUGGACAACCUGUCGGGAGGAGAGAAGACUGUCGCCGCCCUGGCUCUGCUCUUCGCCAUCCACAGCUACAAGCCCGCCCCCUUCUUCGUCCUGGACGAGAUCGACGCCGCCCUGGACAACACCAACAUCGGCAAGGUGGCCAACUACAUCAAAGACCAGUCGGUGCAGAACUUCCAGGCCAUCGUCAUCUCGCUGAAGGAGGAGUUCUACACCAAGGCCGACUCGCUCAUCGGCGUCUACCCCGAGCAAGGAGACUGUGUCAUCAGCAAAGUCAUGACCUUUGACCUCGCGCAGUAUCCUGACGCCAACCCCAACCCCAACGAGUGACGUCCCGCCGCUCGUCUCCAGGCAGGUUGGACCUCCUCCUCUGUGGUCUUCUCUCCUCUCCUGUAUUUUUAUAUUUUAGUCACACACUCUGUUAGUUGUUAGGAUCGACGACGUCGGCUUUUUCUUGUGCUGUUACCCAGACUUUUUAUACCGUAAACGCCCCCGCGAGCAUUUAGCCCUGUUUGUCAUCCUGGGCAGCGCGGUGAGAUCAUGUGAAGAGGUCGCCCCCUGAACCGCCGCUCGUUUCAACUUUGUUUCAUAAAUAAAUUGUCAGUUAUUUAAA